AUGGCACCUGUGCUUCUACGUCGUCUUCCUCUACUUCGCUUCAUGUCCUCUCGCAAUUUCUUCACACCCUCUUCCUUCCGUCUCCAUUCUUAUCCUCAUUCUUCUUCAUCUCUUCCUCUUUCUACUCUCUCUAAACCCAGGAAGAGAAUUUCUCUUAGAAAGUUUGCAGCUCCUAGUUUGGUGUCAAAUGCAGUCACUCCAAGGGCCUAUAUGUCUUCUUUAUCUGCGGCUGAAGAUAGUCAUAAGAAUGACGGUUCCAAAGCUUAUGGUUCUGAUCAAAUUCAGGUACUUGAAGGCUUGGACCCUGUAAGAAAAAGGCCUGGGAUGUAUAUUGGAAGCACUGGCCCGCGUGGGUUGCACCAUUUGGUCUAUGAAAUUUUGGAUAAUGCUGUUGAUGAAGCUCAAGCCGGGUUUGCUUCAAAGAUUGCCGUUGUUUUACAUGAAGGCGGUGCAGUGAGCAUCACCGACAAUGGUCGCGGGAUUCCUACCGACAUGCAUCCAACUACAAAGAAAUCUGCCUUAGAGACAGUGUUGACGAUCUUGCAUGCUGGUGGAAAAUUUGGCGGCGUCAAUAGUGGCUACUCUGUUUCCGGAGGUUUACAUGGUGUUGGCUUAUCUGUUGUUAAUGCCUUGUCUGAGAUAUUAGAGGUAACCGUUUGGCGUGAAGGGUUGGAAUACACACAAAAAUAUUCUCGCGGGAAGCCGGUGACAACUUUGAAUUGUGUCAUGCUUCCUUUUGAAAAUAAAGACCGUCAAGGAACGCGUAUCAAAUUUUGGCCUGACAAAGAAGUAUUCACCACUGAUAUUCAGUUUGAAUACAACACAAUAGCUGGACGCAUAAGGGAGUUGGCUUUCCUUAACCCAAAGCUUACGAUUGUGCUUCGGAAAGAAGACAAUGAUCCAGAAAAGGUCCAAUAUAAUGAGUAUUUCUAUGCUGGGGGAUUGGCUGAAUAUGUGAAAUGGCUCAACACGGAUAAGAAAGCUGUUCAUGAUGUUCUGAGUUUCAGAAAAGAAAUAGAUGGAGUCACAGUUGAUAUAGCUUUACAAUGGUGUGAAGAUGCAUAUUCCGACACGAUACUAGGAUAUGCUAAUAGUAUACGGACUGUCGAUGGCGGCACCCAUAUUGAUGGUAUGAAGGCUUCUUUAACAAGAACACUAAAUAGUCUCGGAAAGAAAUCAAAACUUAUCAAGGAAAAGGAUAUUACUUUAAGUGGAGAGCAUGCGAGAGAAGGCUUAACAUGCGUUGUCUCUGUCAAGGUCCCGAAUCCGGAGUUUGAAGGACAAACAAAGACAAGGUUGGGAAAUCCAGAGGUUCGGAAAGUGGUUGACCAAUCUAUUCAAGAGUAUCUUACCGAGUAUUUGGAACUGCAUCCAGAUGUUCUCGAUGCAGUGCUCUCUAAAGCUCUUAAUGCUUUCAAGGCAGCUUUGGCUGCUAAAAGAGCAAGGGAGUUGGUGAGACAGAAGAGUGUAUUGAGAUCUUCAUCUCUUCCGGGCAAACUCGCUGAUUGUUCAUCAUCAAAUCCUGAAGACUGUGAAAUUUUUAUAGUUGAAGGUGAUUCAGCCGGGGGAAGUGCUAAGCAAGGUCGUGACAGGCGCUUUCAGGCCAUUCUCCCAUUGAGGGGUAAGAUUCUGAAUAUUGAAAGGAGGGAUGAAGCAGCAAUGUACAAAAAUGAAGAGAUCCAAAAUUUAAUCCUUGGUCUCGGUCUCGGAGUGAAGGGAGAGGAUUUUAAAAAGGAUGCACUUCGAUAUCAUAAGAUUAUCAUUUUAACUGAUGCUGAUGUAGAUGGUGCUCACAUCCGUACUCUGCUACUGACAUUUUUCUAUAGAUAUCAGAGAGCUUUGUUUGAUGAAGGUUACAUAUAUGUCGGUGUUCCGCCACUUUAUAAGGUUGUAAGGGGAAAACAAGUCCACUAUUGUUAUGAUGAGGCCGAUCUUAAACAACUUAAGAGUUCGUUCCCUCCUAAUGCAUCAUACAACAUGCAAAGGUUCAAAGGGCUGGGAGAGAUGAUGCCUUUGCAACUAUGGGAGACAACCAUGGAUCCAGAACAGAGGUUGUUGAAGAAGUUGACGGUUGAGGAUGCAGCUGAAGCAAAUAUUGUUUUUUCAUCCCUUAUGGGAGCUCGGGUGGAUGUUCGGAAGGAGCUGAUACGAAACGCUGCAAACAUGAUUGAUCUUGAUCAGCUAGAUAUUUGA